UGUAGUUGAACUAAAAAUAGAAAUCUGUUUCUUUUUCUAUAGGAGUAACUUGUCAGUCAAGGUUCUGUGAAGUUUUGACAAAAAUAAAUGGACCUUAAACUGAGCCUUGAGGGACAUCAAUUGAGUUUACAUUUUUUGAAGAAAAAAAAAUUAUUGAAGGGGGAAAAAUGACCUGAAAUUGAGCCUUGUACGGACACCACAAUUAAGAUCAUGGUAAAAAUACUUUUUAAAAAAAAUUUUUAAUUAAAAUUGAGUUCAUACUUUGUAGUUAUACUACAAAAAUGUUGGUAGUUUUUUUUUUUUUUUUAGGAGGAAAAUAUAUGGACCUAAAAUUGAGCCUUGUGGGAUACCACUGUUGGUUUAAAAAAAAAAGUUUGUUGUUUAUUUUUUUUCAAAGUUAAUUAAAAUUAAGUUUGUUGUUUAUAGUUGGACUAAAAAAAUACAUAUUUAAAAAAAAAAUCUUGGAGUAAAUUGUCAUGGUUUGAGUCUGUCAAUGUUCUGUCAAGUUUUGACAAAAAUAAAUAGACCUAAAACUGAGCGUCAGUUCAUAAUUGUUAGAUGAAGGGGAAAAUAGUUAAUGAAGGGGAAAUGGACCUAACAUUGAGCCUUGUGGGACACCACAAUUAAGAUCAUUGUAAAAAUACAUAUUUUUUAAGAAAAUUAAAACUGAAUUGUUAGAUUGUGGUUAGACUAAACAAUGUUGGUAUUUUUUUAAGGGGGAAAAAAAUUGUCCUAAAAUUGAACCUUGUGGGAUACCCCAAGUUCAUAAUUUCUAGAUGAACAAAAACCAUUUGCUUUAUGCAGGAAAAUGGAGGCAACUAAAAUUAAAACUUGAGGGAAUGUUGUGAAACAGUAUAACACACAGUUUUGGCCCACCAAUACAGAAUAUAGUGCAAGUACAAUACAAGGUGCAGGCCACUUGCAUCGACAUGAAAAAUGUCUCUCAUGUCCAAAUUUGAUCAUGUUAAUUUCCCCCAAAUUUGUUGGGGAGUCCCAUUUCAAAAAUAGAAAUAGCAUUGAAAUUCCCUAAACGUUUGCCAAUUUGGGCAAGCUGAGCGUUUAGAGUUAUUCCAUUUGGCACGUGCGCCUGUCGCUUUUUGGCGCACCUGAACGCACCACAACAGGUCUGAUAAGUUUUCGGGGCGCGUCAUGACUUGUGCCACAGUCGAGGAGGAGCGUCUAAAUUUAAAAAAAAAAAAAAGUUUCUCAUGUGCUUUUGAACGGGCGUCACGUUUUUAGCUCGGGAGGAGCUGAAAAGAAGAGCCCCCCUCCUCAAAUAUAAAGCCCCCAUUGCGACGCCAGAGGAGAACCUGGAUCACACCCCGCCGAGGAGGAGCGCACACCUCCGCGCGCUCAUUCGGAAUUCCAAUCACUCUCAUUUCCACUCGAAAAAACCCCUCAUUUUUCGAACCCGAGUCACUAAAUAGUGACAGAUCAGUUUUAUAUAUUUUCUUUAAAAAGCGCUCGGGUCCGCAAAUUUGGCGGCCAAGCAGCGCGCACAUGGCCGCCCUCAUCAGCGCGUACUCGUCGUGGCCCGACUCCUUUGACUGUCCGCCGCCGGCGGAGGGCGACUUGGCGGCGGACGCGCACCGGGGAAGCGGCGGAGGCGCCGCCGGGGAAAAGACGCCGGAGCCCCGCAUCCGACGGCCCAUGAACGCCUUCAUGGUUUGGGCCAAGGAUGAACGCAAGCGGCUGGCCGUGCAGAAUCCGGACCUGCACAACGCAGAGUUAAGCAAGAUGCUCGGGAAAUCGUGGAAGGCCCUGACACCCCCCCAGAAGAGGCCCUACGUUGAGGAAGCGGAGCGUCUGCGCGUGCAGCACAUGCAGGACUACCCAAACUACAAGUACCGCCCCCGCCGCAAGAAGCAACUCAAGCGCAUCUGCAAGCGCGUGGACCCCGCUUUCCUCCUCCUUCCGCCCGACCAGAACGCCCUGCCCAAGCAGCGGGCUCUUUGCCGCCCCCUGGAGAAGGACGACGGAGGCGAAGCCCGCUUCCCCGGUCCGGCUUUGCCCGGCGUGCAAAGCUUCCGCGACCCUGCGGCGCCCGGAGGUUUCGACGCGUAUCCCUACGGUCUCCCCACACCUCCAGAGAUGUCCCCGUUGGACGCGGUGGAUCACGAGCACGCGCCCCCGUCGUACUACCGCGUGUCCCCCGAGGAGCAGCACCAGAUGGGCAGCCCGCCGCCGUACCACCUGGACUACGGGCAGACCCAAAUUCACUGCGGAGGCACGCACGUUCCCCACAUGACUAGCGGCGGCAACGGACUGGUCCCCGGCUCGUAUUAUAGCAACUCACCGUUCCCGCUGACCCACCACGGGGUCCAGCACAACCACUUGGGUCAGCUGUCCCCACCUCCGGAGACGCAAGGUCACCUGGAGACUCUUGAUCAACUGAGCCACGCGGAACUCCUCGGCGAGGUGGACCGCAACGAGCUCGACCAGUACCUGAUCGCCGGAGGGGGCGGCUACCAUCAUGAGCAAGGCGGCGGCGGCAGCAGCGGCGGUGUCACCGUCACGGGUCACAUCCAGGUGUCCGCCGUCACCUCCUCUACAGAGAACAGUCUCAUUUCAGUUCUGGCCGACGCCACCGCCGCCUACUACAACAAUUACGGAAUUUCGUGAACUUGAAUUUCGACCCCCGGCUAAGACAAUACUCUGUCCGUCCCUUUUCUAGCACUGCUUCGGCGUCACGGGGCUUGAGGAGAGCUAGCAAAAAAAAUUUGUGGGGCGCACCCUCGCGCACAUAUGAUAAAUAAAUACCCAACUAGCGCAGUGGUUCUUAACCUUGCUAAAGGUUUCACAUGUGAAUUCACCAAACCCUUCGGAAUCAGAAAAUAAAGCAAUUUUUUCAGUAUAUAUCUAAGCUAGCAAGCUAAUAAUUGAGCAAAUUCCAGUUCAAAAUUCUUCUCAUUUUGACAGCAUGUUUUAUAAACAGUUCAAAAUUUGAGACCACGCUUCCCACUGGUCUGUUGUAUUCCCUCAUACCAUAUAUACUGCAAUAGCUAAGCUAGCGAGCUAAUAUCUAAGCGAAUUCCUGCUCGAAUUUCUUCACAUUUUGACAGCAGAUUUUUUUUUUUUAAACAGAUCAAAAUUUGAGUCCACGCUGCACAUAGGUCUGUUAUUGUUCUUCAUAUCAAGUCUGAGUCAACCUUCCACUGAGCAAACCCAUCAGAUCGAGGACUAGCAGUUAAAUGGAUUAAGCCGGUAAAUCGUGAGCAAACCAGUACAAAAUGGGUCUAAAAAGCCACUUUGCCUAGAUUUUAGCAGUGUACAAAAAUAGGGCUCUGCAUUUUAAUACCUUCGCCAAACCCAUUUGAUUAACUCGCUGAACCCAGGUUAAGAACCACUGAACUAGAGGUUCUAACUUGAACCUCAGGUAACUCAAGCCUCUCCCAACUGACUCCAGAAAAGUGGGGCACAGUGUUAGAAGGUGGCCACUCAAACACAGCGCACAAACUGUAACUCACUGAUAGCGAUAGACAUCCAGUGACUUGGAAGGUGUGGUGGCGUUAGAAUUCAUAGAUUAAUUGCAAAGAUACUUGGCAAAAUCAUCUAUUGGUUUCAUCAAUUAAUCACAGAAUUAUUAGACAGAUUAAAAGUAGGGGUUGCUGAGGAUCUUAUUUUGUUUGUCAACCCCAUCCAAAAAUGGCCGUUUCGGUCCAAAUUUGUCAUGGUCGUGCAUUUUCCUCCAUAUGAGGCGUGCACAAUGGCAGGAAACACGCAAGCUGGAUAGUUGAUGUACUACUACUACUACUAGGCUACUACAAAGACAGCGCUCUAUUUCACUUACAGUGUGUGUUGGAGUUUUUGUAUUGGAAAUAAAAGCACUCGUGUAUUAUAAUGCAAAUCCCCGCAUCUAGAUGGCGCAAUGACACGCAAACACAUUUCAGACGAAAAAGUCCAUACAGCCUGGGUUUAACACCCACUUUUCACAACACUCACAUAAAUUGCACAUGAAUAGCCCACAGUGCUCUGCAUGGUGGACUCUCAACAGCAAAAACAAACAAUAAUAUGGCUACAAAGCAAACUAUUUGAUGUUCUCCACGGUCUAAAUCUGCAGCUAGCUUUUCCUUGCUGGGCACUAAUAUAAAGUAUCAUAGUCAUCUUUAUUUUCGACCUCAAAUUUUAGAAUAUUUAGCUGUUUUUGUAAAGAAAAAUAUUCAAAUUCGUUUUUGCGCCAUGUUAACGCCUCCUUUGUCAACAAUUAGUUUCAAUUCCAAUAGCGCGUUAUCGUUAUCCAACGUGACCUGCUAGCGGGCAAGGUGUAAGAUGGUGACCAAGUUGUUAACACACACACACACAAAAAAUUCAACAUAUUGAAUUCCCAAAGUUAUGUACGCUAUUGUUUCAAUGUUUUAUUUAUUGAUUUAUUUAAAAAAAAAAAAAAAAUCUACCAAAACACUUUUCCCCCUCCCCAACACCAGGGGGUGCUGCAGUACUUACAACAUUGUUUUUUUCCUCUCCCCAACACCAGGGGGUGCUGCAGUACUCUCAGUGUUGGGGAGGGGAAAGAAACCAAUUGUAAAAAAAAAAAAAAAAAAAGUCCUUUGUUAUUUCUGAAUUAAUUGACAGAUUGACCGCAUUCAUUGAUUCAUCGCAAAUUCCGUCAACAGAUUAAUCAGUAAGAUUCAUAUAUUGAUAUCAGAUUCAUAAUUAUGAACUCGUUUUCUGGAAUAAUUUUGUUUCAAUGCCAUUGAAAACAAAAGCCAUUCAAUCUCUUUGGACUGGUAAAGACUGUCAGUGUUAAAAAAUCGCAGAUUAAUCACAAAGAAUUAAUCUUCUGAUGCGUUUUGAGAUUAAUCGAUUAACCCCAAAUUACCGUUUUUGACACGAAAUUUGACACGAAAAUGGCAUUUUGACAUAGAUAAGCCACACUGGACUAUAAGCUGCAGCUCACUGAAUAUGGGUAUUAUUAUAUUAUGAGAAUGUGUUAUUAUUUACACCAAAAUAUUUUUAGAGGUAACACUUUACUUGACAGCGGCAUCAUAAGACAAAAUAAACCACCAUGAAGCUUUGAACUAAUUGGUUACAAAGCUUCAUUGCUUUAAAAAGUUUCAUUUGGCCAUCAUUGCUCCCUUGGGGGAGGCAGUCAACCUCUGCUGCCACCUGCUGUCAACAUUGUUGUCAUCCAACAUGCCUCCUAGCAUGCAUUGCAGCAGUUCAGACGUAAAUAACAAUCAAAAUUUCGUGAGCUCAAAAAUGCACGUUCUUUGCUAAUUAUUUCUUCAGUUACUGUUCCAAUUGUUUCAUUAAUUGCUAGUUAUGGUAUUUGGUAACACUUUAUUUGACAGUGGCGCCAUAAGACCAAAUGAACCACCAUGAAGCUUUGAACCAACUGGCUGUAAAGCUUCAUUGCUUCAAGAAGUUUCAUUUGGCUAUCAUUGCUCCCUUGGGCGAGACAGUCAACCUCUGCUGCCAACUGCUGUCAACACUGUUGUUGUCCACAUGCCUCCUAGCACGCAUUGCAGCACUACAGACGUAAAUAACAAUCAAAAUUAAUGUUCUGUGAUCGUUAUUUCUUCAGUUACUGUUCCAUUUGUUUCAUUAAUUGCUAGUUAUGGUAUUUAGUCAAACUUUAUUUGACAGUGGCGCCAUAAAACUGUCAUUAGAUAAUCAUAAUUAUGACAUGAUACAGUCAUGAGCAUUAAUCAAUGCAUAUAACAGAAGUCAUUUAGUGUUAUCCGGCAAAUUAUCUCACUUUUGAAUGGACCUAAAAGAUUCGAGCUGGACAAAAAUGGUGUUAGAGACAAAAUUUACCGGAUGACAUCUGUCAUAAACAUUCAGUCAUACCCAUGAUCGUGUCAUGUCAUAAUUAUGAUUGUCCAAUGACAGUCUUAUGGCGCCACUGUCAAACAAAGUGUUAACAAAUACCAUAGCUAACUAUUAAUGAAACAACUGGAACAGUAACUGAAGAAAUAAUUAGCACAGAACACGAAUUUUGAUUGUUAUUUACAUCUGUAGCGCUGCAAUAUAUGCUAGGAGGCAUGUUGGACAACAACAGUGUUGACAACACGUGCAAAUGUGUUAAUAUGAUAUGAAUGAGAGAUCUAUAAAAGAAAACAAUGAUUUGUACAUGAAUACAUGCAUAUAAAUAUUUCAAACAAAAUACUGUAUUUUUGCAAUUGAAAAAAAAAAAAAAUCCGCGAUAAACUUUGAAGCGCGAAGUAGCGAGUUAUCACUACUACAAAUAAAAAACAACUAUUUUUAGGAUACAUUAGUAAUGUUAAAAUAUUUACCGUGCGGGAAAAACACAUAAUACUACAAACAGUACUGUAUAAGUGGCAGUAAAAGUAUGUAAGUCAAAUUGUUAAAAAGAAAAAGUCAUAAAUAUCUCGAUUCAUCUCAAAAUUAUUCGACAGAUUAAUCUAUCAUUAAAUUUAUUAUUGUCAAUUAUCCUAGUUAUCAUUCGCUGUUAGCUGCUCUUAGUCAAACAUUUGAACGUCUAUCGCCGUCAAUGAGUUACUAUAACAGCUAGGCUAGCAGGUGUGCCGCAACGACGCAAAGACUGACAAAUCCGACUAGCCGGUGUCAAGAAAAGAAGCUUAAAAGUAGGACACUAGAAAAGGGGACACCUCAGGGAAGGCUAGCGGGGCUCCCUCUAAUCGUCAUGUACAUUUCACACACUUGACUUGUAAAUGUUUGUAAAUACAGAACCACUGACGGAUGCUCGCCAGGAGCUAAUUUAAGAUUUUUAUGUUUUUCGAAACGCUAGUUGUCAACCUAACGAGGUUCCUGUCCUAAGUACGCCCCCUAGCUUAAUAAUAUACGGUAUGUAUAAUCACAUCUAUGAUUAAACUAGGGUAUCAAUGUAUGCUGAUUUCAACUGUAAUUUAAAAAUGGAUUGUCAUUUCCUGUAUAAAGCAACAUUGUCAAUAAAAUCCAAAUGUUGGUGCA